GACUCCUGGAGAUGGACAGCUAAACCCAGCCAGUCAUGAAACAUGGGGGCUUGGAGGUGGGGGCCGAUCCAUCAUGGGACGCGGUGUCAAGUAAGAGGCAGUCUCAGAGUUCCAGCCUCAUUGCUAAGCUUGCCACAGCCAGAGACGCACUAAAUCAAGGGGAGUCACUACCAAACUCAAUCUAAGUUCAACUAAAUUUGUGGUCUUGCUGAAGUGUGUUUUGGGAGAAGGGUACACAAUGCAGUCCUGUGCCAGGUGUGGGUUUGUGGUCUACCCAGCGGAGAAGAUCAACUGCAUUGAUCAGAACUGGCAUAAAGCAUGUUUCCACUGUGAUGUCUGCAAGAUGGUCCUCACCGCCAACAAUUUCGUCAGCCACAAGAAAAGACCAUACUGCUCCGUACACAAUCCAAGGAACAACACUUUCACAAGCGUCUAUGAAACUCCCAUCAACAUCAAUGCGAAGAAGCAAAGCAAAGCGAGCAGUGAGCUGAAAUAUCGUGAGGAUGGCGAACGCUUUAUGUCCUCCUUCCAUUAUGACAUGAGAUCCAUGGAGAUGGAGAAGGCUCGUCUAGCCAGUCAGAUGGCCAGUCAGGCUUUUCAGUCUGAGUUCUCACAGCAGCAGACGUUCAGAUACUCGGGGAUGGUGAGCAACCAGGAGGUAGUGACCAUGUCACAAGAGCAGAAGACCAUCAGUGAUGUAAAAUACUCCGAGGAGUUUGAAGAGUCAAAAGGAAAAGGCAGCUUCCCUGCGAUGAUAACACAAAGUUACCAAGCAGCCAAAAAAGCAAACGUCUUAGCAAGUAAUCUGGAGUAUAAAAAGGGGCAUGAAGAAAGGGUGUCAAAAUACACAACUCUUGUUGAUACUCCAGAGGUGCUCCUCGCAAAGAAACAAGCACAAAUUGCAAGCGAUUAUGUUUACACAGAAGAAUAUGAGCAGCAAAGGGGCAAAGGGAGCUUCCCCGCCCAUCUCACCCCAGGAUACAAAGUCUCCAAGAAGGCAUCUGAGCAGGCUAGUGAUAUAAAGUAUCGACAGAUGUAUGAGCAGGAGAUACGAGGUAAAGCGAGCGCAGAGGCUGCAGCCGCUGAGGCGAUUCACGCCAAAGAAAAUGCAGAAAACUUCAGCCAGAUUGCCUAUACGGAGGAAUAUGAGCAACAGCGAGGAAAAGGAAGCUUCCCGGCUAUGAUCACUCCCAGUUAUCAUCUUGCAAAGAAGGCUCAGGAAAUCGCAAGUGACCUAAAAUACAAGAAGGACUUGAACAGGAUGAAGGGCACGUCACACUUCCACAAUCUAACCACAGAGGACAACUUGACGCUAAAGAAUGCUAAAAAGAUCAACAAGAUCGUCAGUGAGGUGGAGUACAGGAAAGACUUGGAGAACACCAAAGGACACAGCAUCAAUUUCUGCGAGACGCCGCAGUUUCAAAACGCCGCUAAAGUUGCCAAAUUCACGAGUGAUAACAAAUACAAAGAGAAAUACACAAGCGAUAUGAAAGGUCACUAUGAGGACUCUGGGAUCGACAAGAAGACCAUGCACGCCAUGAAAGCCAGGAAGCUGGCGAGUGACAUUGCCUAUAAACAAGGCUGUGAACAGGAGCAGGCUGAAUACAACUAUCCUGCCACUCUGACGCCUGGUUACCAAAGCCAGAGGAAGCUGGACCCCCUGAAAGAUAAAAACUACAGGCAGCACAUCGAUCAGGUCAAGUACAAGUCCGUGACCGACACGCCAGAGAUUGUUCUGGCCAAGAAAAAUGCUCAGCUUGUCAGCAAUUUAAAUUAUAAAGCCGGCUAUGAAAAGACGAAGCACCAGUACACGCUGUCCCAGGAUCUGCCCCAGAUCCAGAAAGCCAAAGCCAACGCCGCUUUGUGUAGCGAUAUUAAGUAUAAGGAGGAGUGGGAGAAGACCAAGUCGAAGGCCUGUGAAGUAGGAGUGGAUGACCUGAGCGUGAGAGCUGCCAAAGCCUCGCGGGAUCUCGCUAGUGAUAUUAAGUACAAGGAGUCGUACAUGAAAAACAAGGAGAAAGCAGUGGGGGUCAACGUGAGUGACUCCAAGACUCUGCACUCUCUUCAAGUGGCCAAAAUGAGCAGCGACAUUGAAUACAAGAAAGGCUCCAAGGAGAGCCAGGCUCACUUCAGCCUUCCCCUGAACAUGAUCAACCUAAGUCACGCCAAGAAGGCCCAGGCCCUCGCCAGCGACCUGGAAUAUCGCACCAAGCUGCACGAUUACACCGUCAUGCCCGACGACAUCAAGGUCCAGCAGGCGAAGAAGGCGUACGCUCUGCAGAGUGAGAACCAGUACCGCUCUGACCUGAACUGGAUGAAAGGGGUCGGCUGGGAGACUGAGGGAUGCCUUAACAUCACUCAGGCUAAAAAAGCUGGAGAGCUUCUCAGUGAUACUAAGUAUCGUCAGAAGGCAGACAGUAUCAAGUUCACCCAGGUGGCGGACGAUCUUUCCAUGAAACACGCCCAGAAGAGUCAGGAGCUGCAGAGCGACUUGGCGUACAAAGCAAACACGGAGCAGAUGAUUCACCAAUACACCAUCACCAAAGACGAGCCGCUUUUCAGACAAGCAAAAGCCAACGCAGACCUACUUAGUGGGAAAGUGUACAAGAGCCAGUGGGAGAAACAGAGAGAUAAGGGCUUUGAGCUCCGACUGGACUCUCUGUCGAUCCUGACGGCGAAAGCCAAGAGAGAUCUGGCCAGUGAUGUCAAAUACAAGAAGGAUUAUGAGAGAAGCAAAGGCAAAGCCAUCGGGAUUAAGUCGGUCAGUGACGACUCUCAGAUGGCUCACUCUGCUCUGGCCACCAAACUUCAGAGCGACUUGCACUACAAGAAGAACUACGAGGACACCAAGACCAAAUACAGCGUUUCUCUGGACAUGCUGAACAUCAGUCACGCUAAGAAGGCUCAGGAUUUGGCCACCGAGACCAAAUACAGGACUUUCCUCCACAAAUACACGACUCUGCCGACGGAUCUGAACGUCUCCUGGGCGAAAAAGGCCUACGACCUGCAGAGCGACAAACGCUACAGGUCGGAUCUGAACUGGAUGAAGGGCGUCGGCUGGGAGGCCUCCAACUCACUGGACGUCCAGCAGGCGAAGAAAGCUGGAGAGCUGGUCAGCGAGAAAAAGUACCGUCAGAACGUGAGCUCCCUGAAGUUCACCAGCGUUGAGGACACUCCGGAGAUGAUUCAGGCCAAGCAAAGCAAUAAACUGGCCAUUGAUAGGUUGUACAGGGAGAAGGGAGAAAACAUGAAGCACAACUACACUCUCAGCGGGGAGCUGCCCGAGAUGACGCAGGCUAAGAUCAACGCCACCAACAUCAGUGAGAGUCGCUAUAAGGAGUCCUGGACGAAGCUACGCGACGGUGGCUACAAGCUCCGUUUGGAUGCCAUCCCGUUCCAGUCGGCCAAAGCCUCUGCAGAGAUCCUCAGUGAUCAAAAGUACAAAGAAGACUUCGAGAGAAGCAAAGGAAAGAUGAUUGGUCUGAAGGGACUGCAGGACGACUUGAACAUCGCUCACUCCGUCCACGCCAGCAGCCUGCAGAGUGACCUCAAGUAUAAACAGGACUCUGCGAAGCAGCUGUCUAAGUUCCACCUCUCCAUGGACAUGAUGGAGGUGGCUCACGCCAAAAAAGCGCAGGCGCUGGUCAGCGAUCAGGACUACAGGCUGUCCCUGCACAACUACACCUCCCUGCCUGAUGACCUGAAGCUGCAGGCCGCCAAGAGAGCCUACGCUCUGCAGAGUGAGAGAGAGUAUCGCUCUGACUUGAAUUAUUUGCGGGGUGCCGCCUGGAUCGCCACUGGAGCCCUGCAGAUUGAAGAGUCCAAACGAGCCUCAGAUCUGAUCAGUGAUAAAAAGUACAGACAGCAGCCGUGCAGAUUCAAGCACACCUCCAUCGCAGACUCUCCAGACAUCGUCCACGCUAAACUCAGUGGGCAGAUCACAAAUGAGCGCUUGUACAAACAAAAAGGUGUGAACGACCAACACAACUACACUAUUACGACUGAGAGGCCUGAGAUCACACAAGCGAAGAUCAACGCAGCAAACUUCAGCGAGAUCAAGUAUAGAGAGUCCUGGCACACUCUGAGGGCUCAGGGCUACAAGCUCACCAUGCAGGACAUCCCCUUCCAGGCCGCCAAGAGCUCCACCGGCAUCGCCAGCGACUACAAAUACAAAUACAGCCACCUGCUGGACAAGGGCAAACACAUUGGAGCCAGGAGCGUCACCGACGACCCCCACCUCCUGCACUGCCUGCAGGCCGGCCGCCUGGCCAGCGAUCAGGAGUACCGCAAAGACGCGCUGAUGACAAGCGGCCAGUACCACCUCACUCCGGAUAUGAUCCACCUGGUGGCGGCGAAGAACGCCCAAACGCUGGCCAGCGAUCAGGACUACCGGAAGAGGCUGCACGAGUACACGGUGCUACCCGACGACAUGAAGGUCAAGUGGGCCAAGAAGGCGUAUGAGCUCCAGAGUGAGAAACUCUACAAGUCAGACCUCAGUUUCAUGAAAGGGGUGGCCUGGGAUGGAGUGGGGGCACCUCAGCUGGAGUCUGCCAAAAAGGCUGGAGAGCUCAUAAGUGAGAAAAAGUACCGUCAGCUGCCAGACAGCCUCAAGUUCACCUCAGUGACCGAUUCUCCUGAUAUCGUCCAUGCCAAGACCAGCUACCAACAGUGCAACGAGAGGCUGUACAAAACUGGAAAGAAUGACGACAUGCAUAAAUACACUCUGCACCCGGAUGAUCCAGACUUUGUGAGAGCCAAGAUCAACGCCCAGCAGAUCAGUGAUAAAGUUUAUAAGGCGUCUGGAGAACAGGUGAAGACGUCGGGAUACGAUCUGAGAUUAGAUGCUAUUCCCUUCCAAACUGCUAAAGUCUCCAGGGACAUUGCAAGUGAUUUCCGUUACAAAGAGUCCCACCUGAAGGAGAAGGGCCACCAGGUGGGGCUGCGCUGCGUCCAAGAUGACCCCAAGAUGGUGCACUCCCUGGCAGCCAGCAAACUUCAGAGCAACCUGGAGUACACCCGCCAGUCCAAGGAGGACCACGCUCGCUACCAGAUCAGCGCCGACCAGCCGGAGUUCAUACACGCCAAGAAGAGCCAGGCGCAAGCCAGCGACCUGACGUACCGGCGCAAGCUGCACGACUACACCUGUGACCCCGAGCAGCUCACCGUCAAGCACGCCAAGCAGGCGUACAAACUGCAGAGUGAUGUCAACUACAAGUCGGACCUGAACUGGAUCAAAGGAGUGGGCUGGACCCCUCCAGGUUCCCACAAGGCGGAGCUGGCCCGCCGGGCUGCAGAACUGGGACUGGCUGAGGGAGUCUCCACUGAUGAGGCGAUUGCAAAAUAUCAGUACAUGAUGAUGCUGCACCACCAGCAGCAGAUGGAGGAGCAGCAGCAGCAGCAGCAGGUCUCAGAGCAAGUGGAAAACAGCACCGAAAUUCAACAAGGCGUCAACAUGGACGCCAUGGAGGUCCUCCACGUGAAGAGGAAGCAAACCGUUCAGAAGAAAUCCUCCACCACAACUUCCUUCAGGUCCAUGGAGAAGAAGUCCAGUUCUACCUCGUCAUCUGCCGCCAUGCACACCACAGUCAAGACAAUCACAUCCAGCAAGGCUGGAGACGCAUAAAUCUGAGAUCUUCUUCAUAUACAUAUAUAUAAAAUGACAAUUUUAAUCUAAGAUAAAAUUGAGAUAUAGUAGUCAAGUGCUACUUGUAAAGGAAACAGAGUAUGUUGAAGACGAGAGGAUUUGUAAAGUUUGUGAAAGGAUUGUAAAAGUUGGAAAAAGUGAAAUAAAGAUUGAAGUAUGGAUUUGAAAAGGGAUCUGCUCCAUGGCCUGCAGUGCAAAUGCCAAAUUAUUUAUACAUAUUAUUCAUGUGUUUGUCGGAAAUAGCACAUUGCACAAAAAGUCCACUUUCUUUCUCAGUUUAAAGAAAUGAAAAUGUUUGAUUUUGUCUGACGGGUUCAGCUUUGUGAAUUUGCUCGGUUCUGACUGUAAUCUGGACUGGUAACAGAUGCUUGGUUUUAAUGCCAAAUAAAGCAUUUUUUUUUUCAAGGCAAACUGUUUCUUUUCAUUUGCA